AUGGGUAGAACUUGCUCUUACAAGACCUUCCUAUGUUGCAAACCACCGGAAUUUGUGGGGUUCGACGAUCCCAUGGCGUGCAUGAAUUGGCUCCAGGAAAUCGAGCAAGCAAUCCGGGCUUGUGAUUGUGACGAGGGGCAAAAAGUGAAGUUUGGCUCUCAAAUGCUGAGGGGUGCAGCUCUUACCUGGUGGAACAUUGUCAUCUCGACCAUCGAGGUUACUGAAUUGACCAAGAUGAUUUGGACCACAUUCAAGAAAAAAGUAAUGGAAGAAUAUUGUAAUGAACAAGAGAUGGAUCGUAUCGAAGAAGAAUUCCGAACCCUGAAAAAGGGAAAUUUAUCAGUAAGGGACUACACCCGACUCUUUAUGGAAAAGCUAAACUUGGUGGGACACGUAGCCCCAACGGAGAAAGAUAAGAUGAAAGCCUACCUUAAAGGGCUACCUGCAGACAUGAUGAUAAUGGUUAGGAACUCAAGAGCUUCCACCCUCAGGGAAGCAAUCGAAGAAGCCAAGGUCUUGGAAUCAGUUUAUGUUAAGGGAAAGGAAGAAAGGAUGUCGAGUGGUAAGAAGAGGAAGUGGGUAGGGCCCUACGCACCAUCCAAAAAGCCAAACCACUUUGGCAACGACAAUCGCGGAGCCCAUCCCAAACAAGAGACAAGAUGGUGUCCCAAGUGUCGCAGCAAACAUCACGGCCCGUGUAGCACCAACUCUACCCCCACCAAAUGCUUUAAGUGUGGGAAGGCAGGCCACACGCGAAACGAGUGCCCAAUCAAGGGACCCAUAUGUUUUGGAUGCAGAGAACUGGGCCAUUUCAAGAAUGACUGCCAAAAGUUGAAAACAGGUGGGGGUCAAGGGAGAAAGGAGGGCGUCCCGAAAGCAACCGGCCGAGCCAUUCAGAUGUCUAGAGAAGAAGCUAAGGCUUCGACGUAUGUAGUGUCGGGUACGUUCCUUGUUAACUCCGUACUUGCUCACGUACUUUUUGAUUCGGGUGCUUCGUGUUCCUUUAUGUCCAUUGCUUUCUAUCAACACUUGCAUACGCCACCUAGUACACUAGAAGAUGUGUUAAUCAUAGAGAUAGCAAAUGGUAGUCAAGUUUUGGUGCGCGAAAUUGUGAGAGGUUGUGUCUAG